UAACCAUGAGCGUGCCGAUAAAAUGAUGACUUGAGUGACAGUAAUUUGCGACCUGGUUGCUGGGAGAGCCUCUGGCUUCACCAGGAUAUGAAGUCUCUGAGGUUUUGGUGGCUUCUCCUCAUCAUCAUCACCUUCUUUUUGCUGCUCUGGUACAGUCACAUAACCAAAGAAGACGUAGAUCAGGGACUUAGUGGCUAUGUGAGGAUUUCGUCAGGCUCCAGGUCAAUUUCACACUACCAAGUGCUGCACUGUGCCCGCUGUGCCGUGGUCUCCAGCUCGGGCCAGAUGCUUGGCAGCAGAUGCGCGCACGAGAUUGACAGACAUGACUGUGUGAUACGCAUGAAUGCUGCACCGACGCAUGGCUUUGAAGCCGAUGUGGGGAACAAGACGACCGUCCGUGUCGUGUCACACACCAGCGUGCGACGCCUGGUACAGCACGAGGCCUUUUUCUUCAAGGAAGAAGCAAACACCCGCUAUGUGGUUUGGGGUCCUGAGCGGAACAUGAGGCACGAUGGCAAGGGGCGAGUGUUCAAUGUGUUAGUGAAGCUCGCAUGGAAAUACCCGGGCACACACAUCUAUGCUGUGAGUAGAGAGAAGAUGAAGAAGUGUGAUCGCAUCUUCCAGGAUGAGACUGGAAAGAACAGAAUGAAGUCAAGGUCAUUUCUCAGCACUGGAUUUUUCACUAUGAUUUUUGCACUGGACAUGUGCGACAGUAUUAACGUUUAUGGCAUGACAGAUGGCUCGUAUUGCAGUCUCACCAAUUACUCUUCGGUGCCGUAUCACUACUACGAGUUGAAUCGUCUGGAUGAGUGCGGCAUGUACAGAGUGCACGAGCGUGCGCGGAGAGGCGGCCAUCGCUUCAUCACAGAGAAACAGAUCUACAGACACUGGGCAUCGCAGGGGAAACUAAAAUUCCAAUAUCCAACAUGGUGAGCUGAGCAGGAACCUGGACACCUCUGUGCUUAGAAAUAGCAUGCUUCCAGUUCCUCCUCAAACUGCUGUAAGAAAAGAAAGGUGAAAUUGAAACCAACUUAGAACUAGUGCUAAUGUUACAGUACAUUCAAUCUAUUCAAUAUUUAUCCAUUUCAUUUACUUAAGCUUUUGGUUUAGAGAUGAUUACUUCACAGCAGCAGGUGUGUUUCUAUUAUUUGUUCUGUUCCUGAUUUUAGUUUAGUUUCUGUUUUCCUUUGCAUAAUAUUACUUUUGAGGCUGUUAUUAGAUCAUGUGUUGUCACAUGAGGCUACAUCAUGUUACACAGUGUUGUUAUGUAAGGUUACGUAAGACAGUGCUUGAGAUUAUCAUGAGGCUGUCUGAGGUUAUAAGACUUUUUUGUAAAGUACUAUAGUUAAUAAUCUGUAUCCAGAUGUGUCAGUGUCGGUGCUUCAGUGUUUCUAAUCUUUAAACAUAAAUGUUCUCCAAAAUGUUAAUUUUUAACAUGCGAAAAUUAAGUGUCUCCAAUAUUAGCCACUUAUUCCAUCUCACAUUUGUCUCAUCACCUUUUAGAGUGCCCUCUAUCAAGGUAAAUAAUGAAUGUUUUACUGUGAAUUUGGUUGUUUAUGUAACAACCUCAGCAGCAACCUCAUUUCUUCUCUCGUCUGUUCCAACCACUCAACAUUCACCAUCUGCACUUGUUUAUUACUGGUUCAUGCAUUAAGUUAGUUUUUUUAUGCUUGAAUGGUUUAUAGGUCACUGUGUGGCUUAAACAAACGGAAAAACAUGCCUCUGCUCAGGUCCUGGGCCAGUUUGGGGUCAAUCGGUUACUGAUCAGAAGGUGGUUGUUUGAGUCCCUGCACUGCCAGUGUGCCACUGUUGAGCCCUUGAGCAAUGCCCGUAACCCUAUCUACUCUCAAGGUGCUGUAACCUGGGUCACUUUGCGCUCUGACCCCAGCUCUAACUGGCAUAUACGGAAAAACAAUUUCACUGUGCUGUAAAAUACAUGUGACAAGUAAUUGAAUCAUUACAUCAAUACUAUCAUUAAUAAAAUGAGACGGGAAUUAAAAUGAGAGGCACAAAAGUACUUCAGGAAGUCUAGAGAACUAUUCCUCAAGACUACAUUAAAAUAAAACAAGACAGUCUUGCUCUUUGGAAGCAAAGUAUGAAGAAAUGAGUUUACUGUACUGUAGUUGAUAUCGGUUCAAAACCUACACACUUUACAAAUAUUUGAUGACUGGAAUGUUUGUUUGUUUUUCUCAGCUAAUGUAGUUGUAGCACUCCCUUGCCAAUCAGGGAGGCUGUACACUAUUGCUUCCUCUAAGACAUGUGACAGCAGCCAUAAAAGGGUGGCACCUUAGAGAAGUGUGAACUCAAGGGCAUCCAUGAUUGCCGAAGGUUACUCUGAUUGACGUGGGAGUGCAGAUAGACCAUCCCUCCCCCUGCUGUGGCAUCAGUGGGAUUUAAACUCACAUCUUUAGAUGAGUGUUUAAAAAGUGUUUUAAACCUUAUGUACACUUUUUAUGUGGUUUAUGUUAUUUUUUGGGGAACAAGAAGGCAAACAGCUGCUCCCCCCAACCCCCAAGCUUCCCAAUGUUACUGUAACACCUCAUACUGUAUAUACUCAUAGUACUUUCUAAACCAUAGGGGCACUGGUGACUCAGUGGUAAAUGUUAGGCCUGCCAUACGAAAGGCCCGGGAUCGAAUCCCAGCCAGUGUCCAAACCCCAGCCACUGGAUACAGUGCCGGUCCCAAGCCCAGAUAAAAUGGGAGGGUUGCGUCAGGAAGGGUAUCCGGCGUAAAACUUGUGCCAAACUUGCGCCAAACAGCCUUGCUACUGGUCAAUACUGUAAAUCACAAAAGCAGAACUCGACAGAAACUGGUCGGAAUGCUGAUCGUAGAAUUUAGGACAACUUACUGCCGCUUUGAUUGUUAUUUUCUGUCAACAUAAGUCUAAUUAAAACAUUCAUCAUUCAACAUUCAACAUUAGUCUUAUGCUUUGUAUUUUAUACUUGCAGGGUUGGGAAUAAAACAUAAAGAACCCGCCUAUUUAAAACAUGAAAUGUGAAAUUAGAUGCUGAGGUUCUUUUGAAUUGAAGUGUUGUCUGAUUUGACGGGACCAGAUAAAACCACAGCAUUUUCAAUACAUUGUGAUAACCGUGCAAAUAUGAAAAUCUAAUAUUGGCAUAGAGGUUGUAGUCAAGCCAAAGAAAUCUAUAAACAUGCUGCUUCAUCCUUGUCGAGUGCACAUAUAAAAUUCUCAACAGCAAACUUGCUAGCUAAAAUGUUUACCUAUACAGAUACGAUGUGUAUGUAAUGCAAAAGUUUUAGGAUAAAUUGAGACGGUUACAUUUAUCUCGUGUUCUAGAAUGUGUUUUUUUUUUAACCCUUGUAUUUUUUCAGAUUUCUUAACUAAAAAAAAGUUACAUGAAACUUUUAAAGCACUGGUUUUCAUACUAUUUACCAUUUCAAGCAUAUUGAAUGUGUGUUGUGUUACGAACUACAGAACAAUUUCAUUAUUUCUUUAUUUGCACUUUAUUUUUUUGUCUUUUAUUAAUGUCAAACUAAUGUAUUUUAUUUGGUUUUAAUUUUUAAAGCUGUAAUAUUGUUUGUAUGUGUCAUUUCGUCCAAAAUAUUUUCACCAAUCUGAUGAAACCUAUAUUGUACUUUAAUCAAUAAAUCUAUUGUCUAAUUUCUUACCAUAAUGUAUAUAAUGCAUUAAGAUUAAAAAGCUGCCUUUCAUUAAAUGUAAAGCUAGGGUUAUAUAAUUAUAUAACUUUGCCACUGAACCAAUUGUGGUUGGUUGGGUUUUUUUUGGCAUUUUUUUUAAUUAAUAUUCUUUUACCUGUUAAAUAGAUUUGGUUUGUUUAAUUCACCACAACAAGAUUAGCAUUCAGAAAUUUGAUUUGUGUACGUACAUUUCAAGCUCUACAGCAGGGCUGCCCUGAUUAGUGAUUCAUCUCAUCAUCAGUUUGGAUCAGCGAUAUCAAACUGUAUUGGACACUAGUGCCCAGUGUUCAUCACUUGUGCAUCAUUGCAGCACAGUUACUCGCAUUCCUGUCUUUCUACUGUUAUUUUAAUGUAACCAGGCAACUUUUUCGCAGCAUAUGUUUUAAAUGAAUGAAAAUGAAUAUCUGUACACUAAAUACUAGCUCAAUGUAUUGUAUUUAUAAUUUAUUUAAAUGCCAGUUUAACCACUAAGAACA